UUCUUUUCCGAAACAUGUAUUCCAGAAAUCUCAUCUCCGCCGAUGAAAGAGAUUCCUCAAUUCUCCAAUCUAUCACAACACUACCUCGUAUGUCAAUCGAAGACAUCCAAUGCCGAAGAUUUCCAAGUCGGUGAUCAACACUAAGCAGCUGAAAAGCACCAUUAUAUCUCUAUUUCGUUCUUCGUCAUCAGUAAAGCUAUUCAGUACCACUAAUUCGUCUGUAAAGAAACCUAAUUUAUCAUCUCCUCCUAACACUCUUCUUCUUCCCCUCCUAACUUCAAAACAGAGGCUUUUGUCCAAUUCGUUCUUCCGUACCAGAGUUAUUCAUGGCGGCGGCCCUCGUAACUUUUGCUCUAUUUCCUCCUCCUUACUUCUCACAGAAUGUGAGGUUGAUUACCAAGCCUCCUCUUCAUCAUCAGAGGUCAAUGUAACCACACAGAACAUACAAAGGAAGAACCUUUGUGCUCUUUGGACAUCAAUUCCAGUUAGGGCUUAUUGCUUAUCCCAUAAAAUCGAUUUGAUGGGAUUAAUCUAUGAAAAUCAAGCCAAUUUGAUCCCACAUACUCCUGGAAUUGGCAAUUACAUCGUUCUUAGAUUUGAGGACCUUACCGGUUCUCGCACUCCUGCUCGGAUUCGUAAUGUUCAAUAUGCUUGAUAAAGAAGUUGAUGGGUAUAUGAAGAUUAUCAAAAGACAUGCUUCAGGGAUGCUACCUGAAACGACCACAGACUCUUCACAGAAGCAUAUAAUAAAAUUCCCAUUAUUAGAUUGCAAGGUGAGAGAAAAGUUGAAGUUACCCGCUUGUGUGCAAGGUGGAGUAAACCAUACGAUGUUGCAGAACUUUAACAUUGAUGGAAUUUCUACAGUCGCUAGUGUUCUUGGUCAAAGUGCUGCUCUUGACUACUACUCCCGCCUGGUUGAUAGAAGGAUUUCUGAAUAUGCGAAUGUAAAUACUGGGUUGGAAGAAAGUGGUACUUUAUGCAGCGUUAAAAAAUUAGUUAAACUGGCACGGAAAACGCGUGCGGCUGCAGAAGUUGUUUAUUGCUUUGGGCUAUCUGAAAGAUCAGAUGUUACUUGGAAAGAAGAUACGGAGUACUCACAUAUGUUUGACUACCUUCGAGAUGAAUUUGAAUUGACACAGAGGUUUGCGAAUUUAGAUCGUAAGUUCAAGAUGGUGGAGCUCAUUAUCUGGAUCACUAUGGUGGAAAUGGGUAUAAGUUUGGCAACUGCACAUGUAGCUGCAUGUCUAAUCGGUUUUACGUUGUUGUUGUGUUUACCAGUAGUGAGGUUACCAAUUGUGGCAUUAGAGACUUACCUCAUGUCAAUAUGAAUAGGAAUAGGAAAAUGGUCGGUGAUGUUUUAGAGCUGCCAGAUAUCAGACUGUAUGUAUAUUAGGGUUGCUUUGUAAAUUUAUCCCUACUUAAAUGUUUGCUUCCUUCCACCGGUAGAAGCAUACCGGGACUAUAGUUGUUAGGUGAUCAUUAUAUUAUGUGGUUUCUCGGCUUGUCGGGUUUUAUCGUAAUUCUCCUGUAGUACCUAUUCAUCAGAUUCUUCUUAAAUA